AUGACAGAUGAAUUUAAUGCCCUUUUGGAGAAAAAAAUGUGGGUCCUUGUUCUGUGUAUUUCGAAUAUGAACUUAGUUGGUUCUAAAUGGGUAUAUUACAUAAAAUAUAAUUCAAAUGGAUCUAUUGCGUGGUAUAAGGCUCGUCUUGUAGCACAAGGCUUUCGUCAAAAACCUGACAUUGAUUAUCAUGAGACUUUUAGCCUUGUUGUCUGUGCAACAAUUGUGAGAAUUAUUCUUUCCCUUGUUGUCUCCUUUUCUUGGCAGAUUCUCCAGUUGGAUGUUAAAAAUGCAUUUUUGCACGGUAGUCUUAAUGGUCUUCUUGAUCAAUUCAUAUCUCGUUUAUCUUAUCAAUUUGCAAUGAAGGAUUUAGGCAAUCUUCAUUAUUUUCUUGGUAUUCAAGUGGUUCGUUCAUCUCAUGGUCUUCACUUGUCUCAACAAAAGUACAUUUCUGAUUUAUUGCUUAAAUUUCACAUGCACACAUGCAAACCUAUAUGUACCCCUCUUGCUUCUCGCACUUCUAUCUCUCUAUUGGACGGCGAGUUACUUUCAGAUCCUAGUGAAUAUAGGAGCAUGGUUGGUGCUCUUCAAUAUUUAACUAUGACACGUCCAAAUAUUUUCUUUGCCGUAAAUGUUGUCUCUCAAUUUAUGCAUGUUACUCACAUGCAUUGUAUCAACUGUAUUUUCAGGUAUUUGAAGGGUACUCUGACUUAUGGUCUGACUUUACGUGCCUCAUCACCGACUUCCAUGGUUAUUGCUUACUUUGAUGUUGAUUGGGUUGGUUGUCCUGAUAGUCGUCGUUCUACUUCUGGUUGUGCUAUGUUCCUAGGAUCUAAUCUUAUCUCUUGGCAUGCGAAGAAGCAACUAACAGUUUCAAAAUCAUCUACAGAGGCUGGGUAUCGGGCUGUUGCAUACACUAUUACUGAGACUUGUUGGAUUUGUCACAUCCUUUGUAAGCUUGGUAUCUUUUUUCGUGAACCAAUUCGUGUAUUGUGUGAUAAUAUCAACUCCACUUACAUGACCCGCAAUCCAGUUUUUCAUGAUCGCUCGAAACAUAUUGUUGUUGAUUUUCAUUUUGUUCGUGACAAGAUUGCACAAGGGGAUCUUAUAGUUCAAUAUGUUCCGACACAAUUGCAGUUAGCUGAUAUCUUUCACAAAGGGCCUGCCUUCAUCUCGCUUUUAUUUUCUACGAGACAAUCUGUCCAUACUUCGGCCAGUCCAGAUUGA